CAGCGCCCAGGCUGCAGCCGCGAACCCGGCGUGGUCGGGCUGCACCUGGCCUGAGGGGCCAGGUAAAGGAGUGGAGGGUGAGGCCGCCGAGAAGGAUCCAGACGCUAGGCGCAGCGGUGCGGGGCAGGGCGAGGUCCCUGCUGCAGCGCCCGCUUUUGCAGUCUGGACUAGGUGCUGGGUGCAGAAAGAGCGGGAGGCCCCUUCGCCUGGCCUUGAUCAAAGAGAGCGCCGAGUCAGGGUAGUCAGCCACCGGGGAGGGAGCCCCUUUCAGGUCUUCUUGAUCAGAAGAAGAGCCAUGUCAGAAGAAACAGUAAGCGAAUCACAAUUUUCCUUGAAGACAGCAGUAUUAAGAGUGUUUGAUCUUCCUCUGUCUUGGUACUAUUCUCUCUCCCAGAUCAAAUUUCCGCCGGUAGCUAAGAAGGUGUUUGUUGUAACUGCAGUAAGUGCUAUAUCUGUAGUUUUUCUGGCCCACCACUUUAAAAGAAAACGUGGAAAGAAAAAAGGAAAAAUAUUACCAUGGGAACCAGAGCACCUCUUACUUGAAUACACUAAAAGAGCAGCAUCAGACAAAGGUUCAAGUUGUUCCAGCAGUAGACAGAAUUUGACAUUAUCUUUAAGUUCCACCAAAGACAAAGGAUCUCAGUCUUGUAACUUUGCUAAUGGAGGACUUUUCAGUAAAUACUCAGGUUCUGCACAGAGUUUGGCCUCUGUUCAGAGUGUCAAUUCCUGCCAUAGCUGUGCUUGUGGCAAUUCUAAUUCCUGGGACAAGGCUGACGAAGAUGAUGUUAAGCUUGUAAAUAUUCCUGUGACCACUCCUGAGAACUUAUACUUAAUGGGUAUGGAAUUGUUUGAAGAGGCAUUGCGUCGAUGGGAACAAGCUCUAACCUUUCGCAGUAGACAGGCUGAAGAUGAAACCUGUGGUUCCAUUAAACUGGGUGCUGGGGAUGCCAUUGCUGAAGAAAGUGUAGAUGAUAUUAUUAGUACUGAAUUCAUCCAUAAACUUGAAGCUCUGCUACAAAGAGCAUAUCGUCUCCAAGAGGAGUUUGAAGCUACCCUUGGGGGAUCUGAUCCUAAUUCCCUUGCUAAUGAUACUGACAAAGAUACAGACAUCACUGUAAAGGGGAAUGUGGAAGACUUUGGCCUGCGAGACACAUCCAGCGUGGCAUCAGCUGAUUCCUUUACUUCAGUAGCAGAGCUUACAGAACACAGAGAAAUACGGCACACCUACAACCUGGAGUCCUUUUGCCACUGCCCCUUUUAUGAAGAAGCUAUGCAUUUAGUUGAAGAAGGAAAAAUUUACUCCAGAGUACUGAGAACUGAAAUGUUGGAGUGCCUAGGAGACAGUGAUUUUCUUGCCAAACUUCAUUGUAUUCGACAGGCUUUUCAGGUGAUUCUUUCAGAAACAGCCAACAGGAUAUUCCUUGCAGAGAGUGGAAGGAAAAUUUUAUCAGCUUUAAUUGUAAAAGCACGAAAGAAUCCAAAGAAGUUCGAAGAUGUUUUUGAUGAAAUGAUCUAUUUUUUAGAGCAAACUGAUCACUGGGCUAGUACUGAAAUGGAACUUGCUGCCAGAGGGGUGAAAAAUUUGAAUUUUUAUGAUGUUGUUCUGGAUUUUAUAUUAAUGGAUUCCUUUGAAGACCUAGAAAACCCACCAACAUCCAUACAGAAUGUAGUAAAUAAUCGUUGGCUGAAUUCUUCCUUCAAAGAAACUGCAGUGGCUUCAAGUUGUUGGUCAGUGCUGAAACAGAAAAGGGAACAGAUGAAGAUCCCAAAUGGAUUUUUUGCCCAUUUUUAUGCCAUUUGUGAGCACAUAAGCCCUGUCCUAGCCUGGGGCUUUUUGGGUCCUAGAAAUUCUCUCUAUGAUUUAUGUUGCUUCUUUAAGAAUCAAGUUCUUUUCUUUCUCAAAGACAUUUUUGAUUUUGAGAAGGUGCGCUAUUCAAGUAUAGAGACUUUGACUGAAGACCUCAUGCAGUUACUCAUUCGCCGAAUGGAACUUUUAAUGGCCUAUCUUGGAGCAGAUGCCCUGAGGCACACAAGUAGUUGUAUAAGCGGUCAUGGGCAUGUUAUGUCCAGUGGGCUGUUGGAAGCCAAAGUACAAUAAGUACCAUAAGAAUCAUACAUUUUGAGAAUGCUAUAGAAUUUUUUAAGGUAACUAUUGAUUUUGUAAUACAUAUUACAAAAUUGGUGGAUACAUACUACAGAAUUGGUGAAUGUAGACUCAGGGAGGGAAAAAAAUCUAGUAAAGAGUGAGUGAAUAAGUACUGUACUUUUACAGAAAUUCUUUGAAUCCCUGUGUAGUGUAUUCAGAGCAGCUUUUUAAUAAUUUAGGUAGUAGUUUAAGUUGUGAAUUAUGUAUUCUCUAGGAAUAUUGCUUAAUUUGAAGCCAGUACUUGGGAGUUGAUUUGUCAACUUCAAGCUGUCAGAAGUGUCCAGUGUCAUUCUUAAAAGCUUUUAUUCUUUGCAUCUUGAAAAUGUACAUUUUUGCCAAGACCUUUGUGGUCCACACAUGCUAGAAUAUAUUAUUCCUAGUGUCAUCAUGUUUAACUGCCUGAAAAUGUGUUUAUAACUGUAAAAUUAACCAUUUGUUUGAUCAAAUUUAGGCAGUAGUGGCAUUUAAUAUGUACUGCUUAUAUUAUUGCUUGUGCAUUUGUUUACGUGUUUGAAUCAAAGAAAUUAUAAUCACUGAGUAUUAAUAUAAAACAUUUAGAUGAAUUGACACUGAGAAGUUUACAACUUGUAACUUUUUAUAAGAGAUUAACUGUAGUUUCCAAAAUAUGUUAACUAUUGGUCCUAUAAGUUAAAAUAGAGAGACUGAUGUGCUUUUAUCUUUUAAUAGAUUAGAACAUUUUUCUUUUUUGAAGCCAUCACGUUGUUUUCCGAGGUGCUGGGGAUUCCAACCCGGGGCCCUGCACACGCUAGGCAAGUGCUCUGGGAGCUGAGCUAUUUGCCCACUCCCAGAACAUUUUUCUUUUGAAUUAAUAUUGAUUCAAAAGAUAAAUUUUUUUUUUUUAAGAAAAGCAACUUAAAAUUUAUCCUUUAUAAAUGUAGUUUUGAGACUGACUCAAAAGGUAUUAAAUCUUGGUAACGGUAAAAUAAUUUCUCCUUUAUCCUUCCACAAAACAAAUGUUUAGUUAUUCUCACAGGGGACUCAGCAUACUGGGAAUUUGUUAUAGUAUGUCCAUUUUUUUAAAAAUGUUUAUACUUUGAGUCCUAGAUUUUUUUGUUUGUU